GUUCGUAUAAUAAUUCCUAUCUCAAAUUAUAAUAAUUGAGUUGAAUGAGUGAGUGAAAAAUGUCAGAAUGAAUGAUGUUAUGUUGGCCUUCCCUUCAUGUAUGUUUGGUUGGUGUGUUUGGUAUUCAUGCAUGUGUGUCAUGUCAUUCAUGUUUGAUAUGUGCUAAAAAUUCUAAAUCAAAGUAUUUUUUGUAAUAAAAAACAGUAACAGCUAGUCAGUAAAGUAUCUGAUUAUACGAAAUCGUCGUAUCAUUUCAAGCAACCUUGAAGCUCAUUCAUACAAUUCCGAGUUGAGUUUAUCAGAAGUAAUUAGGUAAAUAUGUCGCGCCAAGUAGACAUUAAUAUUAAUAAAUUACUUGAUGGUCUUGGUCUGGACGGAGAAGAUAACGAAAUUUGCGAUUUUACUAUUGCUGACCAAAAUUGUGUCGCCGAAUCUCAGGGCAUUACACCUACCACUCCAUCCGAUUUCAAACCGGUACUGGGCAGCAACGUCACUUACGUCGUCGCUUGUGUGAUUAUAAAUGAAUCUAAUGAAGUAUUAAUGAUGCAAGAGGCGAAAGAGAGUUGUGCUGGCAAAUGGUACUUACCGGCAGGACGCAUGGAAAAGGGCGAGAGCAUCGUGCAAGCUGCUACCAGAGAGGUUCUCGAGGAGACAGGACUUCUUUGUAAUCCCACAACUCUUUUAGUAGUUGAGACUGCUGGCGGAAUGUGGUACAGAUUUGUUUUAACUGGUGAAGUUAUAGGUGGUGAAUUAAAAACACCUGCCAGAGCUGACAAAGAAUCAUUGCAAGCCAAGUGGAUCUCUAAUGUUCAAGAAAUUUCAUUGAGAUCAAAUGAUAUUUUGCAUCUAAUUGAAAAAACGCAAUCAUAUAAACACAGGAAACCUGAUAGUCUAUGGCACAGAGAUAUUUUACCAGCACCCAUACCUCAUAUCAAGGAUUUGUUAAGAUUGAUUGUAGUUAUAAAGAAGAGGAGUACAAACAAAUUGCAUGUAUUAUUGAGUGAGAAAACUGCAAUUCAUUUCCCUACAUGUGAGAUAAAUCCUGGAAAAAGCAUUCAUUCAACAUUGAGAAGGUUUAUGGUAGAAAUGUUUGGUGCUGAUGUGGGCCAACACAGACCUCUGGGUCUGUUGAACAUUGAACAUGGCCCACCAGCUGAUGGCUGCUGUCUGACUUUACUUGUAGCCUUUAGACCACCCCUUGAAGAGGUCCCCCUUAUUGGGAAGUGUGUUUGGCAAGAAGUGUCACGUGAAGAUGAAAAAAGAUUGCUUACAAACAUAACUGCAAAAGAUUCUUUGAUUGAAUUACAUGUUGUACGUUAGUCUUUAAACUCGCCUUGUUAUGAUGCUUGCAGAUAGAUUACCUUUUUUAGUUUUAACUGCUAAUGCACUUCUAUAAAAACUGGUAAUUUAAAAGU